AUGCAGCUCACUUUGCUCACCACAUUGGCAUCGCUGGCCACAAGCACGCUCGCAGCACCUGCUGCCCUCAUCUCACGGCAAGGAAUCACGAACCCUCGCCUUGCACAGUUCAGAGUGUUUUCAGCGACAGGUUGCUUCGAUUUGAACCAGGGCUUCUACACCAUCGAUACAGACCAGUCAAACGUAUGCUACAACCUACAGCAGGACGCCGCCAACGUGUCACCACUCGGAUAUGUUUCCAUUCAGCUACAAGCUAUUACGGCGAACUCGACAGCUUCCAACUGCAAACUGUUGCUAUACUCGGAUGAUGCAUGCGAGAAAGACCGGACAGAAGCUCCUUUGAACGUCUGCGAAGAUGCGCCAGUGACCCAAGAUGGUGACAGCAACCCGAACUGGAACUCGUACUACUACCAGUGCAAUACGUCCCAAACGACAAGGACCACAUACCCAAUUGCUUAG